UUUAUGUGGCGCGUAUCUACAUGGUGCCUCGUUGUACCAAUGUUUAUGUGUUUAAAUAAAUAAAUAAAUAAAUGUCUAUUAGUGAAUGGUUUAAAAUACAGGGUACUACCUAUAGCAUUCAUUACUGGAAUGCUUUGUAAAAACUCAGAAAGAUCUAAGCACGUGGUGCUCACUUGAUAAAAAUAAGAAUUCGCUUUUGUCGUGUAGUUCGGUCGUUUAGUGUUUAAUGCGCUCAGUUGUCAAGCAGUCGGUUACAGUUUCGAAUCUUACCCUACCUACCUAGUAUCAUUACUGCUCAUACAAACAGGAUGGGUGUAAGAAAGCCAAGUAUAUGGACAUAUAUUAGGUCACUAAGUUAUAUGACAAAUAGGAAUGAUGUAUUAUUAAUGUUACCUAGCAGUGAGUUUUAUCAGUUUACUUGACUGGUUUAUUUCUGUUAAAAUAUUGGUUUUGGCUGACAAAGUAGUUGUAACAUCUUAAAUCAUUAUUUUCAACAAAUCAUCAUUAUGUUUCGUUAUAAUCGCAUCAUUUAUCCACUUACCACAGAUUCGCAAUUUUCAAUUUAAUUUUAGCCGGUUAGUUCUGUGACAGUAAAUCAAGACAAUCUGGAUCUGAGAAGCUCUGAAAUAAGUUUUGUUAAUCGAUUGCUUCAGUAUCGUUCUUUUGUUGUAAACUACAUGGAUUUAGAGUUACAGGUAAGCGGUACAUAAACUAUUUGUACAUAACCAUUUUUGGUUAAUUUAAUAGGUUCAAAUUUUGAAUUAAUUUAAUCUGUCAUUUCUUUCUUUUGCUUGUUUGUUCAGGUCACUGGCAUUAACCUGUAAUUUUAAAAUGGUUAGACCUAUUUUUAAGAAGUUUACUCUUUGGUGGUACCAUAUCAAGGAAUUGAUACAAGAAUCAUCAGCUGAUCAGUUAGUCAUAAACAACUUAAAACUUGUCAUUUUUGUAAAUCAACCCAUGUCACUGUUACACCAACAUUUACUUACUUUACUUACUUACGCCUGUUACUCCUAAUGGAGCAUAGGCCGCCGACCAGCAUUCUCCAACCCACUCUGUCCUGGGCCUUCUUUUCUAAUUCCAUCCAAUUCUUGUUCAUUUUUCUCAUGUCUAUCUCCAUUUCCUGGCGUAAUGUGUUCUUUGGUCUUCCUCUUUUCUUUUGGCCUUGAGGAUUCCAUCUGAAGGCUUUUCUUGUGACGCAGUUGGGUGCUUUCCUCAAUGUGUGUCCUAUUGUAGACUCACUGGCUCUAUAAGUUAAGCAUAGAGAAUAUGAUCCAAAAAGAAUGAACGGAUUGGAAUAACAAAUUGUAUCAGAACUUAAGAUCUAAAGAAUACAAAUGAGUCACCAUAUAUGCGUCGUUGCAACCAACUUUGAGCCAUGACGCGCAGAAUCUCCAACCACUGAUAGCGGUUAUCACGCGAACUCCAACCAGGUAGUCUGCAUCUACCACGUGGCUCAAACAGUUUAUGAUUUUAUGAACUGAUGCCGCGUCCUGGUUUAGCCUGUCCCAAUUAUAUAACUUAAUCCCAUAACGAUGAGUAUCGCUCAUCUGGUCUGAUGGUAGUGGAUAGUGAGAUGAAGAUUCAAAGCUUUAUCAAUAGAUUCACCAUCUUUACAUAGUUUCUCUACUUUCAAUCUCAGUUCAGUCUUAUAUCAAAUGUUUUGGAUAAGAAGCAAUUGGAUUACAGAAUAGGUAAUUUCAUUUAAAUGUCUAACUAAUGUUACAACCCUCAACUGGAAUAAUCAGUAUCAACGAUCAGUCAGUAGAAGCACCUUUGUAUUUGCUUAACUAGCGUUUUCUUCUAGCGGGAAUGUCAUAGAGUUCACAAUAUACAACCACAAAGACCAAUGUAUUUCUUCUAUUUUUUUUUCUAUUUAUUCACUAGACUCGGGCACGUGAAUUGAUUCCCACUGAACAGCUUCUUUUAUCCGCCUCUCAAAAUAAUAGUUGUUCUAUAGAUGAUGUGGAGCCCAGAGAUUUUCUUCGAGAGUUAUUAAUUUGGUUUAAGAGUGAAUUCUUUAAAUGGGCUGACGACUUUGUAUGUAAAACAUGUGGUGGCAAAAUGGCCGCAUUCUCAAACGAUCAGCCUCAAUUGGAUGAAAUGAGUGAUGGUGGUGCAAACGUAGUAGAAAUUUAUCAGUGUAAAACAAAUAAAACACAUCCAUUAUAUCGUUUUCCUCGAUAUAACAAUCCCAGAAAACUACUUGAAACUCGUUUAGGACGAUGUGGUGAAUGGGCAAAUUGUUUUACAUUGUUCCUUGUUUCUGCUGAACGUCACACUAAUCAACCUUGGUUUGAUGCAUGUCGACUUAUUAUGGAUUGGACAGAUCAUGUUUGGUGUGAAGUCUGGUUAAAGGAUAAACAUAAUGAUAAAAAACUUUGGGUUCACUGUGAUCCAUGUGAAGUACAAUUGGACAAACCUUUACUGUAUGAAUCUGGAUGGAAUAAAAAAAUUAAUUAUAUUAUGGCUUACACAGUGCCACCUCGAUCAUUAUAUCAGAAAUUGGAUAACACUACCAAAUUAGUAACUGUGGAUAUACAAGAUGUGACAUGGCGUUAUACACAGAAGUUUUCAGAAGUUCAAUCCCGUCGAAAUAUGAUUAGAGAAUCCGUAUUGGCGUAUAAAUUAGCGGACAUUCAUACUAAUGCUAUCCGAAACUGGUCGCUUAACAAUAAUCCAGCCGAUUUUGACCAAAAACCAUACUGUUGGGAUUCAGUUAUUGAUGAAUUGGUGAGUUUCCUACAUCCUUCAAAGUGUAAUGAUCAACUUCCGGGUCGUCAAACUGGAUCGUUGGAAUGGCGUCAAGCUCGUGGUGAACUGGGUCAGACUUCUCUAUCUGUUGAACCACUUCUUAAAGGAUCAAAGUGUAUUAUCACCCCGUCUAAUUCGGAACUUCAAAGUGGAAUAUUUCACUUACGUUAUAAUUCAGCUUUAAAUAUUUACCAGCGUCCUUAUUAUUCUAAUGUUAGUAAUAAUAAUAAUGAUAAUAAUAAUAAUGCAAAGACGGAUACUGAUAUUGUAUUAAAGUUUCAAUGUUCUACAAAUUCACCAAAAGCGAAUAAUCAAGAGUCAACCAAAUUGAUUGAAAAUGCUCGGAAAACCGGUUUAUAUGGAUGGCAGUCUGUGGUCUAUCAAUGGAGAAAUAUUUUUCGGAAGGUAGAACUUGAUUGGCACAUGGUUUAUUUAGCUCGUGAAGAGGAUAGUAAACCAUCAGAAGAUGGAAUAAUUAUCUGGAUUCUUGAUUUAAGAAAUACUAAUUAUCGUGUUGGAAAAGUUUCUAUAUUUACAAAUAUGGUGUGUCAUUCAACUGAUUGUCAUGCUCGUUUUGUACUUUGUUCCGGUGACUAUCCAGUAAAUAGUAGUAAUAGUGGCCAAGAGGAAAAUAAAAUUCAACAAUCUGUGCCUAACUUAUGUUUGUGUCUUCAACCAGGUUCUGCUUCAUUAUUCAAUUCGGAAUCUAUGAUUGGAUCUGAUUUUCUGACUUUAAAAGCUCGUCUAUGGAAUGAUGAUGAAUCUACUGGAAAGUCAUCUUCUGUGGCUUGGCAGCAAGCCCAACUAUUUCGGCAAAAGGAUAAUGAUUAUGAUACUUGGUCAUUGGAAUGGAAAGUUGAAUUGGUAAAAAUUAAUAAAACAGUUAAUUAAGUAGAACCGAAAACGGGAAUUGUAUUGUCGUUUCAUACACACACACACAGUGACCUGGUUAGCUAUGCUGUUUUAUUAAUGAAUAAAUGUAUCAUUUUGGUAUAUAUAUAUAUAUAUAUAUAUAUAUAUAUAUAUAUAUAUAUAUGCACAUUACUGUCAAGUUGGAUCGUACGUUCAUUCAUUGAUUCAUUUUCCUCCUUUUUUUCUUCUUUCUUGUUUGUUUUUCUCUCUCCACCUCCUUUAAUCAUUCAUUCUUUUUUUAUACCGAAUUUUAUUCCAAUUUUAAUAAUAUUUUGUUUUCUAACUUAAACUGGAACUAUUUUCAAGAAUUUGUACUUUCUUAUUGGUUACUAUUUUAUAAGAACUAAUUCCUUCUUCUCGUCUUCUUUUUUUGUUUGUUUUCUUGUUCUUUUGUUGAAUUGACUCAGUGACAAGAUCAAAAAGACUUGUUCAACUAUUGUAUGAAAUCAUGAUUAUCGUUUAUUAUGAUUAGAAUUUUUUUUUUUGAAAAAUGUAAGACUGUGAUAUGUAUUGAAAUUAACAUGAAGGAAUGAAAAAAGAAAACAACUGUAGGCAUUAUGUUUCUUCUUCACAAUUCGUGGGGUUGAAUUAAAUAUCAGAAUGGGUUUUGUGGAGAUUUCACUGGUUGAAAUUGUGAGUCAAUUGAAGCUAGAUCACCAUCGGAAACCUGGAAGCAUUGGAUGACCGUUUCAUCCUAUUGUGGGACUCCUCAGCAGUGCGCAUCCAUGAUCCCACACUCCGCGAGAUUCCAACCCAGGCGCUUAACCAACUAGACCGCUGAUCCGGCAUCCAACGUUGUUAAUGUUUAACUUCAACUAGUCCACGAAGUUGCGCCACCGUACACCAUUGUCUUCAGUGAGUUGAUUUCUCACAACAGACCUGGUUGAACUCUACUGGUCAUUGUUUCUCACUAGAACUCCAGGAUAUACAUCUGGAAGCCAGUCACUAGCUUUAAUUGACUCAUGAUCUCAACUAUUAAAAUUAUUACAAUCUCCACAAAACCCCCUUUUGAUAUUACUAUCUUAUUUCUACUUUUACUUAAUUGUCUUCAUGUUGUAAACAAUGUGCCCCAAAUGCCCUGGUAUGGCCGAGAGCGGGGGAGGGUUCGCCCUCCCUCUAGAAAUACUCUCACAUGGCCACGCGUUUACAGCCUCCGCCAGGGAAGUCCUAGUCACUGCCUUCUCGUGGCGGGGGUGUUGUUUACGAAAAGCGAAUGUCCGACGCUCUAACCGGAUCCCAAACCAAAUCAAUGGUGCACAUGGGCUCCAGUAUCCUGCGGGAACAAAUGGCAUAUGAACCAAUUUUCGGUCACUGGCUACCAUGGGACUGCAUCUCCUUACGAUGCUCCACUGCCUUGUGGGUUAGACCUUUAGGUCAAAGGCUCGGCGUGUGGCCCCCUAAGAUAUCCACCUGCUUCGGUUUGGGCACCCGGUCAGUAUCGCAGCCCACACACAAAUGAUGAACUGUUUGUGUGGCGCACAUAUAUUUGGUGCACUCUCGUACCAAUAAUUUUGUGUUCAAAUAAAUAAACAAUGUAAAUCAAUUAGAUAAAUUCCUUACUAUAUAGAUGUAAUUUUAAUUGAAUUCAAUAAUUAUAUAUUGAUUGUAUGAGAAAACAUUGUUUUAUUCGAUGAAUUUUUUCCGAAGGUUUUCUCAUGAAACUUGAGAAAUGACCUCAAUUAUGAAAAUUGGCACAUGUAGAAUAAUAUAGUUUCUCAAUUAAUUUUUUUUAAGUCACAAAAGAGAACAUAUUAAGUUUAUCUUGUUUACUAAGAGUAGAUCUAUGUUUUUAGUUUGCAGUAACAGUGUUUUCAAGUGAUAGUAAUACUACACAUUUGAUGUAUGCAUAGCUAAGACCAAAUCGUUGAAAGUCGGUUGUUUUAAUUAUUCAACCACUGCUCUCUUCAUAGAGAGUUAUCUUGCUAGUCUGUACUUGAAUAAUAUAUUCAUAUUAGUGGUUAAGGCAUGUAUCAUGUUUUUCAUCAGAGGAUGUUGACGGGUAAAAGUAGGUUAGGAGCAAUUCAGGAGAGCUCAAACCAAAACAGAAUGAGUUCAUCAAGUCAUUAACACUUGUUCUGGAACAUUUUGAUAAGUUCAUACUACCUUGUUGGGAUUCGCGCGACUAUUGUGUUCUGUGAUAUUGUUGUAAACCGGAACUCAGGUGACAACAACUCAUUUGAAUACGAAGUUAUAGAGUUCUUCCAUAAAAUGUGUAAACUAUAUGUUCAACAAUUCAUUUGUAAGUUUUUCAUCACUUGUCAAAAACUCCAUUGUUCUUUCAUUGUCAUUCUCUAUUCCCAUCCUCUUCGAUUUAAUCUUUUUAACUUUCUGCUGCCAGUCAUUCCAUUUGGUGUUUUAUACUACUUAUAUUGAUAUAAGUAGCAUACACCACAAUCUUACCAAGAAUCGGUCAUAAUAGUUCAAGUGCGUACAUCCUUUAUCUUUUUCUAGACCUUGAGCUCUACUAUUCCUUCAUACAUACCUCUCCAUUCUAUCAUUUCAAACCAUAUUCCAAGUGUUCAGUUUUUAUUAUUAUCAUAGCUGUUACAUUAGUUCUAUUCAAUAUGUUAAUUUCAUCUCAUCAAGUAAUAUAGUUAUUGAUAAGUAAUUAGAUUACAAAUCGCAUAUCAUAAAAGUAUGUUUAUUAAAGCUUUUCAGAAGUUUUUUUGACAAAUUCUAUCGAAAAUCAAGAUCCAUCUUCUUAUUUAUUUUACAUGUUCAUGUUUGUCAAAGG